AUGGAGAUUAAUAAUACUCAUGGAACAGGUGGUGGUAAAGGAACAGGUAAUAAUGGUAAUGAUAAUGGUAAUGGACUCAAAAGGAAAUUAGAUACACAGUUCACAGAGAUACGGUCGAAUAGUCCAGUUGAUGAAAAUAAUGAAUUAUUAGCUAUUCAAGCCCUUGGCCAAUUGAAAAAUAGUGGGACUCCAAAUAAUGAAUUAUUAGAUGAAGAUGAAGAAGAUGAUGAAUUUUAUGAUACAAAUAAUGAUAUUGAUACAAUGAUAAGAUCCACCAUGAAUAAUACAACUACUGAUACUGGGUUUUUCAUGAGAAAUAUUAAAUCUCAUCCAUUAUAUAAUAGUGCUCUUCGAGCUUAUAGGAUUAAUAAACCAACUAUAAAAUAUGGUGUGGAAAUGAUGGAAAAAGCAGCUAUACCCAUGGUUAAUAUUAUGGAACAAACAAGAUUAGAAUGGAAAAGAAAGAAAAGAUUAAAAAGAGCAAAUUCAAUGUUCCCGGAUGAAGCUAAAUUUUUACCAAAGAAUUCAUCAUUAAGAUUAAAUUCAAAUUCUAGUGCAACAACAAAUUUACCUUCAAUAUCUGAAGCAUUAUCAUUAAGUAAUAUAAAUUUUAAUGAAUUUAGUUUAAAUUUAUCUAUAGAAUCUAAAAAAAGAAUUGCAACUUGUUUACAAUUAUUAAUGUUGGCAAAUAAACAAUUAUCAUCAAAAAUUCAACAUUUACAAGAUUUAAUUUCUAAAGAACGAGAAUUGUUCACUAAAAACCAAGAAAAUAAUGAUGAAUUAUUACCAGAUGAUUCAUCAAAUGAUAAUGCAAUUCAAAUUAAACAAGAAAUUGUAACAACUAUUAAAAAAGUUGUUUCAUUAAUUUCAAAAUAUGCAGGUAAUUCAUUACCAGAACCUGCAAGAUCAAAUGUUCGUCAAACUUUAUUAAGAUUACCAACAAAAUGGGCUUCAUCAACAACAACAGAUCCAUUAAACCAACCACCUAGUACUAGUACUACUAAUUCUUCAUCAUUUUUCAAUACAAAUGGGAAAGUUUUAAUACUUGCAAAUGAAUCAUUAGAAAUGGUUAGUUCAAUUAUGAAUGUAUUUGAUGAAACUUUAAAUAAAGCUGAAUUAUGGGUUAAACAAAAACAACAAAAACAAUUAACUAAAAUGGCUAUAUUGAAUAAUUUACAACAAAAUCAAAUUCAACAUGGUCAUAAUCAACAUGGUGAACAAAAUCAAAUUGGUUCAAGUAAAGAAUUAGAGCAAAAUCAUUCUAUUCAACAAAAUGAAAAAUCGAAUGAAUUGAAUCAAAAUUUAAAGUCUAUUGAUAAAGGUAAAGAUAAUGAUGAUGAAUUAUUAAGUGAUUAA